AUGGGAAGAUUUACACCCAAAGUGAAACGAUUUGUUUCACGAUUUAAGAAUGACAAUCCAUCGUCCCAAUCCCCAGUCGAUCUUCCCGUCGACCCUACCGUCGUAGCCCAACAGUCCCCUCGCGAAGACAGCCCCGCUUCUUUGAACACGACAAGCCCUCCCCAUAAGAUCUGGAACCAAGCUUACGCCGAGUUGAAGAAACCCGAGAAUGAGCAAGCUAUUGUUGAAGCAUAUGAGAAGAUACUAACUACGUAUCUAUCACCGACGACCGAGACGACCCAGGAAAGCAACGGAGCACAAAACCUCAUCCAUAGGGAUCCUGCAAAAAGGUGGAAGCAGAUGGAACAGCUAGUCCAGGAAGGCCUUGAGAAAACCGCCAAGGAUGCAGACAGAAAAGAGAAAGUCAACCAAUGGAUUACAAUCAUUAAGCCUUUGCAGGACGCUGUCAGUACGGGUAUCAAAGCUGCACCAGAUGCUGCUAUUCCAUGGGCUGGUGUUUGUUGUGCUCUUGAGGUUUGGUCCCCCACUCCCUUGACCGAGCCCAAGAAGAAUCGAGACGGUAUGACCUAUGUGUUGUCGCGAAUGCAGUGGUAUUGGGAAUUAUCGCGAUCAGUCCUUGACGAAAACCUUUCGAGUACGGCGACCCGAUCUUUACAAGCGGAACUGGAGAAGCAGUUGGCGAAACUCUAUGAAAGGCUACUUCUAUUCCAGAUGAAAAGCGUCAUCACUUAUCACCGCAGCCGCCUCGCAGUCUUUCUUAGAGACCUGCCCAAGCUUGAUGACUGGGCAACUCUAGUAUCAGAAGUCAAGGAUGCUGAAAAUGUUGUUAUGAGAGAUGUUGAACAGUACAACACGCUUGAUAUGAGAACUAGCCUUCGGGGCAUCUUGUCAUCGGCAGAGGGGCAAGUAAAACGAAUGGCCGAAAUCUUCCACCAGAACGAGACACACUAUGCAUGGGUGAGAGAGGAGCGCCACAAGGAGAAAGAUGACAACUGCUUGAGAGAUUUAUACAAGACUGAUCCUCGACACGACAAGCGCUCCAUCAUCAAUGCCAAGGGUGGGCUUGUUUACGACUCCUAUCGCUGGGUGACGGAGAAUCGACAAUACAAGCAGUGGUACGAAGAUGGAAGUAACCGUUUGCUGUGGAUCAAGGGUGAUCCUGGCAAAGGGAAAACCAUGCUUCUCUGUGGCAUUAUCAACGAGCUUGAGAAAUCCAAGCCCAAUGCCGUAUUCUACUUCUUUUGCCAGGCUGCAGAUCCAUCCCUUCGAAGUGCUAUCUAUGUGCUUCGAGGCCUUAUCUGGUCGUUGGUUAGGACACGUCCAAGCCUUAUCUCCCAUGUCAGAGAAGAAUACGAUCAAACUGGGGCAGAUAUCUUUUCCAACCACAAUGCCUGGCACGCUCUAUCCGAAAUGUUCACCGCAAUUGCGAACGACGAAGCCAGUGCGGACUGUGUGUUUGUAGUUGACGCUUUGGAUGAAUGUACUGACGGCCAUGAGCAGCUCAUUGAUCUCAUAUCUCGACUUUACAAUACUUGCAAAGCAAAAUGGAUCAUAUCAAGUCGCAACUGGCCCACGAUCGAAGGGCAGCUCAAUGACGUGGCAGCAGAAGCCCAACUACAGCUAGAGCUCAAUGCCAACGCAAUUGCGGAGGCUGUCCACUAUUUUAUAAAUCACAAGGUCGAAGAGCUUGCUCGUAGGAAACGUCUCCAUGACGAUGUACGAGCCAAGCUUUACGAGCACCUCGUUGCAAACGCGGAUGAUACAUUUUUGUGGGUUUCUUUGGUUUGCGACGAAUUGGGAAAGCUUAAUGUUGCAGCUCAUCGCAUUUUGCAAGUUGCGCAUUCUUUCCCUGCUGGCCUUAAGGAACUGUACAAGAAAAUGAUGGAUAGAAUGAACCAGUCUCCAGACAAGAAGCUUUGCGAAGCUGUCCUUGCCCUGUCUGCUGUGGCUAUCAGACCCCUUACCCUAUUGGAGAUCGCUACGUUGGAUGGAAGACUGGAAGACUUUUUGGGAGAACCUAAAGCGAUUAAUGACAUUGUAAGAUCAUGCGGUUCAUUCUUGACCAUCCGAGAAGAUACCGUCCAUAUAGUCCACCAGUCGGCAAGAGACUAUCUGGUUGAAGCUUCUGAGAUUUUCCCCUUGGGAAAAGUACAGCAGCACUACGAAAUCUUCGUCAGCAAUUUGAACAUUAUGGAUGGGAAGCUCCAUCGAAACAUGUACCAAUUGGAGUCUACCGUCUUGAUUGAUGAGAUCACCCCUCCUGAACACCAGCCCCUGAAUGGGAUGCAGUACACUUGCGUUCACUGGGUUGAUCACUUCGAUGAGUGGUAUUCCACAGAAAGUCACAAUUCAGACCUAGACAGCUCGGCUUACGGCCUACUUCUUACCUUUUUUACAACAAAGUGCCUAUACUGGUUUGAGGCUAUGAGCAUGUUGCAUCAUGUCAAUGACAUAAUCAAGGCAGUUCAGAGACUAAAAGAGCUGGCAAGUCAGAGGAUCCAAUCCGGACCACAGGAGCUUAAAGACUUGAUUGAAGACACUGUCCGUUGGACUCUUAACCACCGAUCAAUCAUGGAUAAUGCGCCAAUGCAACUUUAUGAUUCCGCAUUGCUUUUCAGCCCUCAACGGAGUAAGAUACGACAGUGCUUUGAUACCGAAGCCCCAAAGUCCAUUGAGACAUUGUGUUCAUCGUUUCACGAAUGGGAUGCAUGUCUUCUAACCAUAUCAGGAGUCUCUUCCGAAUUUCAAUCAGUGUUAGAGGUAUCUCCUGACCGCACAAAGCUUGUAACACUAAGAGAUGAUAACCGCGCGAUUUUCAUAUUUGACGCUCUCACCGGCGAUCACUUAAGAUCCUUUCAAGCUGACGCCCCGGGAACAUUCCGAUCCGUGUCGUAUCACCCAGACGGGAAGCAUUUGGUGUCUCUAUCUGAGGACCGGAAGAUUAUGAUGUGGGACAUUGGCAACCAGAAAUGCGUCCGGUGGUUCAAGUCGAGUAAAUGUGAAGAGCCAUUGACAGGAAAAGGGCGGAGGCGCGAUCACAUAUAUCGUUUACCCUUUUCGACGGAUGGCCGCUUAUUGGCAUUGUCUUCUGAAAACAACAAUAUCCAACUCUGGGACUUCUGGGAAAGGGUCUGCCGAUGCACAUUCUAUGAUAGCGGCCUGCACGAAGAUCACAGAAUGAAAUGGUUUGAUUGGGGACUCGAUGAAUCAAAUACACCACUACUCCUCGUUGUGAAGUAUUUUGACAAACAAUCAUCCGUUCAGAUUGACGUUUGGAAUUCCGAAACCGGAAAACAACUAUCAAACAGUGUAGAAAUUGGUAGCGGAUUUCAAACGGCGGCAGUUGGACCCGAUGGACGAAGACUGGCCGUGGCUACUGAUGGGGGUAUUAGUAUUGUCCGAUGGGAUGCGGAUCUUACCCUACAGGAGAUCAUUGCCCGGCACUCUAUCAAUCCUGUUCGGCAUAUCACAUGGGCGGCUGAUGGAAAGUCACUCGCUAUAGCCGCCGGGCUCGGUAUCGUACUGUGGGACUCCGAAAGGCUCGCAGAAUUGUUUAAACUAUCUGUACCCUUACAGCUCAUCACGGCGCUUUGCUUUGGAAAAGACAAUCGUCUAGCCUCGAUAGGCUACAGGGAUCACACAAUGAAUAUCUGGAGUGUUGAAAUUAACUCGGAUCUACCAGUUUUUGUUCAAGAAGUGACCAAUAGUCUACCUCUAUCACUAGAGCAAGGACUAAACGAGAAUCUUGUAGUUUUGAACUACACCAGAAAGUUCGAGUUUCUGAACGCUGUUACCGGCAACGCACAGCAAAGCAUUCCCCACUCCGCUUCUGAACCUCAAGAUUUCCAGUUUGGGCCUGAACACUAUUUCGCAGUGCUCUCAGGCGUCGGCAUAAUUGAGAUCUGGGACCUAGAAUCCGGCGACUGUAUAAACAAGUUUCAGAUAGACGAAGGCAUAAACGAUGAAGACUUCGAUGAUACUGACCUUGACGAUUGGCCUGAAGCGAUGGCUCUCGGAACAUCUGGCCAGAUUGUCUCCAUUGGGAGACAGCUCAGGAUGUGGAACGUAGUCACUGGCACCUCACUGGAUAUUCCACAUUCAUUUGAGAAGGCACGAUAUCGUUGCUGUGCAUACUCGAGCGAUGGCCGCCUCGCUUACAACUGGAAUGACUCUACAGUUGCGAUUUGGGGCUGUGAUUGGAUGAAAGAAAGACAACACUCUCUGGAAGUGGGCCAGAUAUCUGGACUCUCGUUCAACGCAAAUGGGCUAUUAUUGAUAGAGAGUGCUGGCAUGGUGGAGAUCUGGAACUGCGAAGAUGGCAGCAUGCUCCAAUACUUUUGUCUACGGGAGGGGAUAGUACCAAUGGCUUGGGACCCACAAUAUCAGUCAGGAUUGGAUACCAAAUUUGGGAUCAUCGACCUAGAAGCCGAGGGGGAAGAUGAUUAUCGGUAUAAGACUUCUAGAGCAGAUGCGGACUUUCCGUGGUGUCCGCGAAGCUUAAGACUGGCCUGGACUGAAAGGUCUGCAUGGCUGAUGAAGGGCAGCAAGAGGGUUUUGUGGAUUCCACGCGAAUCCGUCAAUCGGCAUCUCUUUUCUGUCAGGACUAACCUGGAAACACGUAUGUCUACUGUGGCAAUGGUACAUAGCGGCCAUAUCAUGAUCCUCCGGAUUUCGGCUAGAGAUUCUUGA